AUGCUACAAUCCUUAAUUCAACUGUUAUCGGGUGGAGGUGCACCAAUUACAAGACCUCUACUAAUCAGUCGAUCGACAAUAAAUAAUUUGAAUUUAAAUCUCCCCAGUGCAAAUGUUGCAUUAACCUCAUCAACAAUCAAAGCAGCACCACAUGAUGUAACAGCGACAAUGAACUGGUGGAAUGCUUCAACGAGCAAUGGUAUAAGAGCAAAGAUCUAUGAUUUUUAUCAUACCUUUAAUUAUGGUAAAGUACUGUUCGAUAACUUUAAACAAGUUCGUGCUAGUAACAGUCCAUGUUAA